AUGAUGUGGGCGUGUUUAGCCGGUCAGAUGAGGUCCGAGCUUGCGUUUUUGGUUGGCUCACAGGACGGACAGAAGUACGUGCAAACUUUGCAAGAAUACCUCGUUCCCUUUUCAGAAGAUCUACCAGUUACAUGGACUUUUAUGCAAGACGGAGCACCCGGUCAUCGUUCUAGGCUGGCCAAAGAUUGGCUUUAUGACAACUUUGUUUCGCUCCUGGAUUGGCCUGCAUAUUCGCCCGACCUCAACCCGAUUGAGAACGUAUGGGGUAUACUCGUUAGACGGGUGUACGAGAACCAGAGGCAAUUUGACGAUGUUCAAUCGCUAUCGGCGGGCAUCCUGGAGGCCUGGAAUGGAAUUAAGACUGACACACUACAGCAUUUGACGCAAUCGAUGCGCAAGCGGUGUGUGGAUGUAGUCGUCGCCAAAGGGAAGAAGAUAGACUAUUGA